AUGUUGAAGUUGAAACUGGAAGAGGUGUGGAAGAACGAGGAGGAGCGAGCGUCGCCGAAGAAGGAGUCACCGACCAAGAAGACGGCGAGGCCGCCGUUGGAGGAAGUGGCAGCUCCGCUGCCCGGGAGCGAGUCGACGACGGAGAUGGAGGAAGAACGAACGAAGAAGAUGACGGACUCGGGUCCUCCUCCCUGGCUGCGUGGUGGUCGCCAUUCGAUGAGAAAAGCGUCAGAGCCAGGGUGGCCGUCGCGAAAAGAAGGGACGAGGGAGACGAAGACGGUGGGCGGCGAUGCUCCUCCCUCAUGCGCUUCGUUGCCUCUCUUUCCCUUCCAAGAGUUGCAACCCUACAACCUUAGUGGGCCAGAGUAUACAGAACUUUGGCCUAUCAGUCUUGACCAUGGGCUGGCAAAGGAGAAGGAAGUGGUGGGCUCCUUUGAGGCAAUUGGGCCGCAUCAUAAGGGGAAGUUUAUGUUCGUUGAUGGGCCAAGUCUUAAGGAAAUUGAGCCCAACAAUGGCUAUCUUAUUGGGAUAAGUUUACAAAGAAGUCAUUUAAAGAAAGAAGAAAGCUGGGUGGACUUAAAAGGUGGGCUCUUGGAGGAGACAAGCCCACGGGAAGUUAGGAGUAAGGAGAGGCUGGACUUGGGUUUGGGCCACAACUCAUUCUUACAAGCUAAUGUGGGCCGACCCAAGGAAGUAGGAAAGGAAGGUUGGGUAAAGUUAUGGGUUGUUUUCACCACCAAGCUCAUGGAAGAAUUUAUGGAACAUUUCAUUGAAGAUCUCAAGGUGGGUAAUGAUGAUGGGCAAAAUGAAGAACUAUUCUACGAUUCUUAUUCGUUGAUUUCGAAAAGGAAGAUGGCGGACUGUUCGGCUAUGAAGAACGUGACACAUGUCACGUGGGUGGAGGAGAGUCGAGGAAAGUUGGACUGGUGCGAGAAGAGUUCAUUCAAGGGAUUGAGCGCAAUUGGAAACGAAGAAAGCGGAAGGUCAAGAAGACAAAAGUUAACUGCAACCUUGAGGACAAGGCCGCCUUCAAGGAGGGUGGAAUGUUAG